AUGAUUAUGGAGUGUUCUUGGGUUAUAUUCCUUGCGUUCAUUGUCAUGUCUUUUCUCCUGAUCAUGCCUCAUCUUCGGAAGGGCACUUCCGGUCACCGUCGGCUUCCUCCGGGGCCACCGGGGUGGCCGGUAUUCGGCAACACUUUCGAUCUCGGACCAAUGCCUCACAGGUCCUUAGCCCAGCUGAGACACAAAUACGGCGACGUUUUGUGGCUGAAGCUCGGAGCCAUCAACACCAUGGUGAUCCUCUCUUCCAAAGCCGCCGCCGAGUUCUUCAAGAACCACGACCUCUCUUUUGUGGAGCGCACCGUCACCGAAACCAGUCGAGUCUAUGGCUACCACAAAGGCUCCGUAGCCCUAGCCAACUACGGCUCAUAUUGGCGCGUCAUGCGGCGGCUUGUCACGGUCGAGAUGUUGGUGAAUAAGAGGAUCAGAGAGACGGCUUUCUUGCGGCGAAAGUGCGUCGACGACAUGUUGUUGUGGAUCGAAGAGGAAGCGGGGAAGGCUAAUUGUGGAGUUCAUGUGGCGCGCUUUGUUUUCCUCAUGACAUUUAACCUUCUUGGAAACCUCAUGCUUUCUAAAGACUUGUUUGGGCCGGAUUCGGAGGAGGGAUCGGAGUUUUUCGUGGCGAUGGAGGGGAUAAUGGAGUGGGGAGGGCACGCAAACAUGUCGGAUAUCUUCCCGUGGCUGCGGCGGCUGGAUCCGCAGGGACUGAGGAGGAAGAUGGAGAGGGAUAUGGGGAAGGCCAUGAAAAUAGCUUCUAAGUUUGUGAAGGAGCGCAAGAACAGUACUGAUCAGCAAUAUGUGGAGAGAGAGAGGAAGAAGGAUUUCUUGGACGUGUUACUUGAGUAUGAAGGCAAUGGGAAUGAUGAGCCUGCCAAAAUUUCUGACGAUGAACUCAACAUCUUCAUACUUGAAAUAUUUUUGGCGGGUUCAGAGACAACAAGCAGCACAAUUGAAUGGGCACUAACGGAACUAAUACGCAGCCCCAAGGCAAUGAACAAAGCCAAAACCGAGCUCACCCAAGUGGUGGGCCCAAAUGGAAAGGUUGAAGAGAGUGACAUAGAAAAACUCCCAUACUUACAAGCCGUUAUCAAAGAAACCCUAAGACUUCACCCACCAAUUCCUUUCCUCGUCCCUCGACGAGCCAAAAACGACACCAAUUUCAUGGGUUACUUCAUACCCAAAAACACACAGGUCUUUGUAAACGCUUGGGCCAUUGGAAGAGACCCAGAUGUUUGGGCUGACGAGCCCAUGUGUUUCAAGCCCGAGAGGUUCAUGGUGGGGCCCAAUAGUAGUACGGACUACAAAGGGCAACACUUUGAGUUUAUACCAUUUGGAGCUGGGAGAAGAAUGUGUGCGGGUGUACCACUGGCCCAUAGAGUUCUUCACCUCGUUUUGGGGUCUUUGCUUCACCAUUUUGACUGGGAACUUGAUGCUAGUGUUGAUGUAGAAACUAUGGAUAUGAAGGAUAGAUUAGGGAUAACAGUUCGGAAGUUUGAGCCAUUACUUGCAAUACCUACCAAGUGCAUUUGA